AUGUCGUGGUAUCCUGCGAUCACAGAUGAUGACUAUCUCGAGCAACCUCCUUCACCUGGAAAAACAGGCUUUGUGAUUGCUGACCCGCUAGAGCCCAUGCCGGAAAUCGCAGACGAGGAAUUGUUUGAUCCUGCGUUCUACCCGCUGUCGUUUACAGAGAUGGAAGAAUUGGAGCAAGUGGAUGAGAUUAAUGAGAUUCUGGCCGAGUUGGAUUUGAUGGAAAGUCAUGAGGAAUUGCAUUACAAGCUGAGCGAGACAACACGCGACUUUUGUUCUAAUUCCGACGUGGAUGCAGAGCUUUACAGCUUCAUGACCAAGAGCAAUAAGGGUAAUAACUAUAGUACCAAGCAGCAAGUUCAUUUGCCCAAAAACAGCUUUCAUUCCAAGCGGAACACGCACUCGGUACUUCACCAGCCUCGCUCGGUGAAGUAG